UUCGAGGAGAAAUCCCUCACUAGUGAUGAUGAACAUUACAAUCAAAACCCUUCACUGUCUGAUCAAGCAUUCUGCCUAGUUUACAUCAUAGAUGCAAGUACAAUCCAACUCACUGCAGAUGAUAAGAUAAUUACAGAGAAACUGAAGAAGAUCCGCCAGACCAUCAGUGAUAAAGGGAUUCCUCAAGUGAUUGUCAUGUCUAAAGUGGAUGAAGCAUGUCCUCUGGUCAAAAAUGAUCUAAAGAUGCUCUACAGAAGCAAGAUCAUCAAAGAGAGGAUGGAGUUGUGCAGUGCCAAAGUGGGUGUUCCAGUGAGCCACAUCUUCCCAGUGAAGAACUAUCAUAAUGAGAUUGACACAAACGAUGAUGUUGAUGUUUUGAUUCUCAAGGCAUUUGAUCAGAUUGUGCGUUCUGCUGAUGCAAGACUGAGGCGUGGUGCUUCCAACAUAUGAGCUUUCAGGACAAAAACCAACAAUAAUAGAAUUUAGAGUUGAAUGAAUAUGAAAUGACCAAAAGUGUAUCAUCAUCUGAAUCAAGACGCAUUCCAUGUGCAACAUAGUACAGGUUAUAGCCAACAUUUGACAAUGAUAAAAGUGACUCACACAUACACACAGUAUUAGA